ACUUUUUCCAUACUCUCCGCAACAACCCAUACUUACAGUCUUACACAACAUCUGUCUAUAUAAAGUAUGCCCCUCGCUUGAUCAGAAAACCAAAGAAGACAAAAAGGAAACAGAAAAAUUUAAGCCUUGAAAGUUGGAAAGAGCGAUGAGGCUUUCCUCCAGUUUCUUUCUCCUCACCCUCGUAUUCUUAUUCUUCAUCUUUCCCGCAGCAACCAGUUGUUGCACCAAGCUCAUAGAUGAGACCUGCAAGAACUCUUCACACAAUGACAGUAACUUCAGUUACAGGUUCUGCAAGACUUCCCUCCAGGCAGCUCCGGCCAGCCGCUGCGCCAGUUUCCGGGGACUGGGGUUGAUCGCCAUCAGAUUAUUCCGGGAUAACGCCACCGACACCAGAUGCUUCAUCAGAGAACUGCUCGGAAAGAAGGGGUUGGACCCAUCUGUGAAGAUGCGUUUGGAAGAUUGUUUGGACAUGUAUUCGGAUGGAGUCGAAUCCCUAACACAGGCCAUUAAAGGGUACAGGGCUGGGGAGUAUUUCGAUGCUAAUGUCCAAGUUUCGGGUGCUAUGACUUAUGCUAGUACUUGUGAAGAUGGUUUCCAGGAGAAGGAAGGUUUGGUUUCGCCGUUGACGAAGCAAAACGACGAUGCUUUUCAGUUGGGUGCGCUCUCUCUUUCGAUUAUGAAUAAGCAGAAGUGAUUCAUGGCUGGCUUUGUUUUUUCAAUUCUGAGGCAAUGCUUCUCUUUUUCUAAUUAAUUAAUAUUUACUUUCACAUUUUUUGGCUUUUAG